AUGCGCAUCGUCCCUCGCGCACGCGUCGAUCCCGGCGCGUCGCGCGCGUCGUGCGCCUGCUCGCACCCUCGAGCGAGCGCGCACGGCGUCAAACGACGCGUCGUUGGGGUCGUUCCGCGAGCGAAUCCGCGAUGGAAUCAACGACCGUGCGUCGCCGUAUACGCGUCGCUCGACACAAAUGUGCCGUCGAACGGAAGCUGGACAUCACGUGCGACUCGGAACGUCGCUGUUUUCGCGAUCUCAGACGAAGGGAAGACGGAGAACGGCGGAUCCUCGGCGGAUUUGGACAAACGAACGUUUGGGUCCUGGAGCGACUCGAGAGACUUCUCGAGCGAGUCGUACGAUCGCACUCGGGAUGACGAUGAUGGCUCAGAGGAGACAGGGAAGAGGAAACCGAAUGGAGGGAGCGUGGACGGCACCGUGGGGGCGAUCGGUGAGGUCCCGAAGCCGAAGGCGGUGCUGAGCGAGCAAGAACUGUUACCGCCGUCCAAGCGCGAGCCGCGAGGGAAGGAGACAAAAGGCGAGGGUGAGGGCGAGCGCGUGGGCGGUAAGGAGACAGGUGAAGGCGGCGAGGAUGGAAAGAUCGUAGCGGGGACGACCAAGGCGGGGAUGGCGGCGAAGACCAAGCCGAAGACGGAUGUCGAGAAGAGCGGAGAAAAAUUAGCCGCACCAAAACACGCGCCCCCACCGAGUGGUGGUUCGAUCAAGUCGGCGGUGGCAGGCAUUGCGGAGGACACAGAUCUCGUGGCGUCAAGCGGAGACAUAGGGGGUGGUAAUGGGGGCGAUGACGCCCGCUCGGGCGGAGACGGUGGCGGCGGAGACGAUGAAGAGGACGAUGAAGAGGGGGACGACGAAGACGACGACGAGGUCGUACUUCGAACGCCGUGGUACGAGCUCGCGUGGAUCGAGAUGGAAACAGAACUGGUGAGAAUCAUGCAGCAGAUUCUGAACAUUUGGAUCACCCGUGAUCCGAGUAAAACGACUCGACUUGUGUUCUUCUCCCUCCUCGGCACCUCAUUGUUCCUGGCGUCACUGUUCCUCUACCCAGAGAACCCGCUCGAGUUCAGUGACGAAGGAUUGUUCGCGUCAGUUUUCGGUCGUAACCCUCGCUGGGUCAUCAAUCGCGAGCUUGGUCCGUUGCAACCGACGUUGCUGAGCACCACGUGCGCAUGCGCGGUGGCGUUCGCCAAGGUGCGUCUCGGGGCAAACAUGUUCAAGUUAUCACCGUUCAUGCACGGCGUAUUGGGCCUCCCCAUGGGCUUUAUGUUAGUCUUCAGAUGGAACAACGCCCACGAGCGUUGGUGGUACGGACGUACGUGUCUUGGAAACAUUUUGCUUUACUGCAAAAAUCUUGGCGGGACGUUCUGCACGUGGGUGGCUCCUGAUGAUCCCAUGCUCGCCGCGCGCGCGCUUGGUUUGAUUGGUGCAUUAAAAGAAACCGUUGCAGAUCGAUUGAACGGCACGGUACUGAACGACGGUGCGAUUCUCAGUCAACUUACCACGCCCCUGGACGCGAGAGACCUUGAGGGUCUGUUCCUUGCGGACAACAAGGUGUUGUUCUGCAUUGAAGCGCUGCGCUCAUGCGUGGUAGAAGCGUUCAAAAAGGAUUUCGUUCCGUCCGCCAUCGCGAGUACGAUUCACAGCGAGGUAGCCGCAAUCAUGGACAAUUAUGGAAGUUGCGAGAAGGUGGUGAACCAGCCUCCACCCGGCUGCAUCAUCACACACCUUAAGUCGACUCUUAUGGUGUACGUGUGUUCUUUACCGAUGAUUUUGGUGCACGAAGUUGGUGUGUGGGGAGUGGUCCCCGUCACGACGAUCCUAUCCCUAGCGCUAUUCGGUAUUGAGGCCGCGGCGGAGCAAAUCGAACAACCAUUUGGUAAUAGACCGUACGAUUUACCGGUGCGCGCGCUGAUGAACAGCAACUCGAGAGACCUCGAGCAGACGAGCAAAAAAGUGCUCGGCAUGGCGGGUUACGUCAAUGGAGUGAAGAUGGCGUUUACUGCGGAUGGUCCGGUCCCGGCGAAGCUCCCGGACAAGACAACAACGUCAGCCCUCGGCGACGAGGCGCCUGCUCCAGUACCUGCGCCUGUGCCGAGCGCUAUUCCCGCGCCCGUGCCCGUGAAGCCGACGGUCGUCCAACCACCUCCCCCGGUACCAUCAGCCUCUGCCUUAGCGGAGAAGGCGAAGAAGGCAGCAGAACCGGAAUCGCCGACCGCGGUCGUCAUUCCCGCCACCCGCAAGGACAACACCGUGUCUUUAUCGAGCGAUCGACUUGAGAUGGGCAUGUCUGCGUUGAAGGAAAGUCCCCUGUCAUUCACGUCAGACUCGACGCCGACUUCAUCCGACGUUCUUAAAAAGUCAGCGUCGCAGAGCCCUAUCUCGAAUGGCGACAACGUUUCAUCGCGUCCUUCGACGUCCGCAUCGGCCGGUGCGACGGGAACGGUGUCGGCUCCCAGCAAGGGUGCCUUUCGCGCCGUGUUGGAUGCUGUGUCAUCAGAACAGGCUCCAGUAAACAUUCGAGCUCAACCACUUUCUCCGUUGCGAACAACUCGCUCUGAGGCGACAUCGCCGGCUCGAAAGAGUGACUUACCGGCUUGGAAAGCGCAAAGCCCAAUCGAGAUUUACGAUCAAGUUCUCGACGAGCGACCGAGCUCUACCAUCCCUGAUAGUCCUCGCUAUCACACGCAAAAGACAAUGCGUCGACGCGACUCUUACGGACAACAAUUCUUUGACAUGUUCGCUCGUUACACUGGUGGUUCAUCCGAGAACAGGGCACCGGAUUCGCCUCAGAAUCCGAGCAGACUUGAGCGCUCGAAUUCGGCGAGAAUGACACGAUCGAGCAGUGCAGCGACGUUUUCACCGUUUACACAAGCCUCGGAUAGCGAUCGCGACGUUGGUGAUAUCUCAUUCCAGCGCUCUGCGUUCGCGCCCUCUCCGUCCAAGUCUGACUUCGUCGCCGGAUCUGGGGAGAACGGCGUGCCAAUCAGACGUGCCUCCAUCCCCGGCGGCGUCAAUCGUUCGACGUCGCUGACGGAUAUGAGCGCUCUGGAGGAGGCGAUCAAGCGCGCACGAGAGGCUCGUAAGCGCGGCGAAAGCGGCGGCGGCGCGUCGUUGUAA